AAUAGUUUACAACGAAAUGCCAACACUUGAACAAAAAGGACAAUACCCGCUAAUUGAUAUUGAUCCACACUUCUCUAGAGUCGUGAGAUUUUUUAGAGUUUCUGAUUACGCUGCUUGGGCAGCACUCUCAGCUGGUACACCUGCAUUAUAUUACGCAUGGGAACAAAUAAAUCCAACAAACGCUAUCAAGUCAACAAAAGUAAAGUUGGCAGUUCCUACAACAUUGGGUGUCCUCGGCGGUUUCUUAUUAGCCUAUCAAAGAUCCUCUUUUAGAUUCUUCGGCUGGACAGAGAACCAGGAGGAGCAGGAGAAGGACAUGCUCGAGCUCAGCCAAAGAGCUAAGGAUGGAAAAGCUAUCUACGGCGACACACAGCUCACACCGUACUUGCAAGGUGUAGCUCAUAGGAAUUCAGCCUUCUCACAACUCAAACUGGCUACUAUCCCUUGGUUCAACUUUGCUAACCACAGCCAUCACGGUGUCGACACCCAAAAGUACAGCGAACAACAGUAAUCUUCGUCUAUCUUGUAGAUUCAAUCUUAUUUUUAAAUUCCUU